GGGCGGCUGGCCAGCCCGGAGUCGCUGGGCGAGCGGGGUCGCCUCGCAGCGCUUUUGCACGAGAAAGGCAAGAUGACAACACUCUGAAAGUAUGUCUUGAGGAGAAACAUGUUAUCAGCAAGCACCACUCCUGGUGGCCUUUCCAGUCGUAUUUCCUUCUCAUCUUUUUAUCUUUUUGUGGUUUGUGUUUGCUGCUUGGUUCAGCUGAGGUGGCGGUUUUGCUCUUGGGCAUAAUUAUGCGCAUCCUGCCCCCACAAGGGCCUGUGUCAUCCAUAAACUGGAGAACUGGGGAGGGGGACCCUCCCCACCCCACCCUGACACAAGGGGCUGUGUGAGGAUGAAAAGUGGUCUGCUGCCAAGUACAUAGUGGUGCUUAAUCAGUGCCGCCUUUCCUCCUACAAGAGAAGGGGGGCUCAGUGACCCCCACGCCCAUGCAUCUCAUUUGUCUUCCAAAUCAGCGCCCUCCAGUAGAACUUCCUGCCAGUGAUGGGAAUGUUCUAGAGCGGGGGUCUACAAAUUCAUCCUAUAAAUGUCCAAACAGGGUCAGCUGGCAGACCGUCUUGGCGAGGGGCCACAAGGGCUGGAACCCAGCAAUGAGAGUGCCCAGGGGAGAUGCGAGCCCCGCUGGCCCCCCGGUGACCUGUCGCUGAAGCAGGCCCGCCACCCCAGGCCCAGCAUGCGCCUGUCGGUGCGGAGGGCGCUGCUGGCGGCCGGCUGCGCGCUGGCCCUGGUGCUGGCGGUCCAGGUGGGGCAGCAGGUGCUGGAGUGCCGCGCGGUGCUGGGGGGCCCGCGCGGCGCCCGGCGGGCCAUGCGGCCGGAGCAGGAGGACCUGGUGAUGGUGGGCGCGGACCACGUGGAGUACCGCUACGGCAAGGCCAUGCCGCUUAUCUUCGUGGGCGGCGUGCCCCGCAGCGGCACCACGCUCAUGCGCGCCAUGCUGGACGCCCACCCCGAGGUGCGCUGCGGCGAGGAGACGCGCAUCAUCCCGCGCGUGCUGGCCAUGCGCCAGGCCUGGUCCAAGUCCGGCCGCGAGAAGCUGCGGCUGGACGAGGCGGGCGUGACGGACGAGGUGCUGGACGCCGCCAUGCAGGCGUUCAUCCUGGAGGUGAUCGCCAAGCACGGUGAGCCGGCGCGCGUGCUGUGCAACAAGGACCCCUUCACGCUCAAGUCCUCCGUGUACCUGUCGCGCCUGUUCCCCAACUCCAAGUUCCUGCUGAUGGUGCGGGACGGCCGGGCGUCCGUGCACUCCAUGAUCACCCGCAAGGUCACCAUCGCGGGCUUCGACCUCAGCAGCUACCGUGACUGCCUCACCAAGUGGAACAAGGCCAUCGAGGUGAUGUACGCCCAGUGCAUGGAGGUGGGCAAGGACAAGUGCCUGCCCGUGUACUACGAGCAGCUAGUGCUGCACCCCCGGCGCUCCCUCAAGCUCAUCCUGGACUUUCUGGGCAUCGCCUGGAGCGACGCCGUCCUGCACCACGAGGACCUCAUUGGCAAGCCCGGUGGCGUGUCCCUGUCCAACCUGUUCUUUCUCCCCAGGAUCGAGCGAUCCACAGACCAGGUCAUCAAGCCUGUGAACCUGGAAGCGCUCUCCAAGUGGACCGGCCACAUCCCCGGGGAUGUGGUGAGGGACAUGGCCCAGAUCGCCCCCAUGCUGGCUCGGCUCGGCUAUGAUCCCUAUGCAAACCCGCCCAACUAUGGCAAUCCUGACCCCAUCGUCAUCAACAACACGCACCGGGUCUUGAAAGGAGACUAUAAAACACCAGCCAAUCUGAAAGGAUAUUUUCAGAUCUCAGCUUAUGGGAUGUUUUCCAACACCAGCAACCAGUUCCUGAUUCUCCAAACACCAACUGGAUUUCAGUUUGCGCAGUGACGCCCAGAGUUCGUGUCAGACCCCACAGGAUAAGGUGAACCAGAACAGCACCUCCUCCCACUUAGGAAGCUCAUGAUUUCCAGAUCUCUGCAGAUUGUUGCCGAGAGAAGACACUUGGCAUUCGAGUGGAAAUCGGACCUCUAAUCCAAGCAUAUUGCUUGCUAUUAAUCGCCAAAACAGGACUGCUAACGAGGAAUGUAUUUGCAUAUGUUUGCAAAAGCUGCAUCACUGAAAACUUAACGUGGAGACUCUCUACCUUUGGACGCCCCUGGGGUGGAGAGCCAAGGGUGUGGCCGUAGUCCGGCUUUUGAAACUUAGGUAUUUUUUAAUCUUUCCCCUCAAGAACUUUUUUUUAAAGAAAUGGAUUUGCCAUUUUUCUUAAUUUGCAGGUCUGCCUUGGUGGCUUUGUUUGCGGGGAUAAGGCCCACACCUGUGCCUCUCCUAUUGACCCUUACUUUUCAAUUCAAAGAAUCUAUUUAAGAAUUUAAUAUAUGGGGUUUUCUUUGAUUCUUCCUCAGUUCUACUCAGAUUCAGAGGAAAAAAAGUUAUUGGAAUAAAGUGAACAGGGACUCAUUUGGUCUGUGCCUGA